AUGGUCAUCAAGGGAUCCGUCUCCGAUUCAGCUUCCGUCCCGCUCGGCCAACGCCGCGGCAUCUCAGACCUGGCGCAAAUUGCCUUAGACCUGGCCUGGGUAUCCGAGAGCGCAGAGCAAGACUCUUUUGCUCGAUACCGAGCAUAUCCCUCUCCACCCAUGUCAGGAUCUCCGCCCCUCCCCUCGAAGCAGCCCCAAGACGCUGGGGAUCGAGGGCAAGCACCAGUGGGAUAUUCAGCUUCUAGCCAGACCGAUACUUACUGGGGCAACUCAAAUCAACAAUUACCGACUGAUCACCGAGGACCUGCCAACAUGCAGACCACGCUUCCCAGAUUAUUCCAACCAGGCCCCCCAGACGCACCACCGUUUUCAUAUCGAAGGACAGAAGAGACCGUACCUCGACCUGUUUCGUACAUCCAACCAGGGGGGCCAUCUAUGCCCCAGUCAUCUGGUUAUAUUCCUCCCGGAAUUCCUGGGGCACCUUCGUCUUACACGUCGUCUGUCCGCCCGUCAGUGAUUGAGAAUCAGCCUAUGACUUCCCCGAAAUCGCAGCGGAAAACGAAAGGUCAUGUGGCCUCCGCAUGCGUCCCUUGUAAACGAGCGCAUCUUCGCUGUGAUGCACAACGUCCAUGUUCGAGAUGUAUCACGAAUGGGAAGGAAGAAUCAUGCGUCGAUGUUCAACACAAGAAGCGAGGACGACCGCGACUAAGAGACGAUCGUGAAACUCGCUAUGAUCCAUCCAGAUUUCCUCAUCCGCAAGAUACUACGGCGAGGCGACCAUUGAGCAUAUACCCUUCGGGCGUUCCAAUGGGACCUGGGGAACAUAUGAACCCGAGAUAUCUUGAGCGAGGGCCCAACAUGGACGCUCCCACUUUCCCACCCCCCCUAUCGGCCGGGCCUCGAGGAGCAGACCCUGUUGCUUUCUUGAACAUGAAGAUGGAUUUUGCGAAGGCAUCGCCAACUUUUAUGGAAGCUGUAGGCCAUGUGGAACUCCAGGGACAGAAUUUGGGGGAUGUCGUUAUUCCUGCGGAAAGGGAGAAAGUUGCGUCGAUUAGAAGUCAACUGAUCGAAGAGCAAACACGAAAGGAGCCGAACUAUUUACCACCAAUCCUUUCUCGACUCGACCAUAUCAUCCAGGGACUUGGCUUUGGCGCAGAGGAUAUCGGACGCUUCCAACUCGACCGAAAUGAAUACCUAACUUUCAGAGCUGCUGAUGGACAACCGAGACAGUAUCCCGUUCGACUCGGGCUCGAGAAGGAGGGCUCGAUCUACGUCGUUGUCAUGGUCCUGAGCUUACCAACCCGGCAUGCGUACCCUUUACCUUCUUCGCCGGCCACCAGAGAGGCUUCGCAUGCGUAUGGUUCUCAGCCGCCAACUCCACAGUCUCUUUACAGGACACCGGUGCCACCAGGGCCACCCUUUGAUAUGCCCAGAGGUCGAUUCAGCGAAGUCCCACUGGUAUCUCGACCGGCUGCUGUUCCCCCAACACAGUUGCCAGCCGCCAUAAAUCCUGGAGUUGCUGGCGGGGCGGGGUCAACUUCGUAUGCUGCAUCACCAAGUCAUGCAGAGUAUGGAGGACCUCCAUCAUAUAAUGUUCCCCGAAGCGAACUGCCCCCUGCGAGCGUGUAUCGACCUCAAGCAGCUUUUCAGCUUCCACCAAUUCGAGCCCAGCCAGGGCCAGAGCAGCCUCGGCCACGGACACGCGAGGAAAGGCCCAACCGAGUUGAUAUUGGCGGUCUGAUCGACAAACCCGAUGACCCUGAGCGGCGGCGAUAA